UAUUCAUUGAUUUCCGAUUUGAAUUGCUUCUCAUGUUUUAAAACCAUUUUAUUAUUUAUUCAAUUUUUACGGUUAUCUAUACUUUUGACAUAUUUUUUAAUAUAACGCUUCAAUUGAGUUGAGCUGAAGAGUGGUUUUUCACAUAAUUUGCCAAUAAUUUCAUGGUUUCAUAGUUAUGUCACUCGAAGACCCGUUUUUCGUCGUCAAAGAAGAGGUAUUGAAGGCACUGACCAAAUGUCGCGAUAACUUCGAGCGAUGGACCGACUUCUUGGACGACCCCAACAGCUCAUCCAAGGAGGAGAUGGACUUCACCACAACGGAGCUGAGGAAUGGUCUGCGAAGUAUUGAAUGGGAUUUGGAGGACUUGGAGGAGACGGUGGACAUCGUGGAGAAGAAUCACCGGAAGUUUAAAUUAGACGAACAGGAGGUCAGCAACAGAAGGAAAUUCAUUCAUCAGACCAAAGAUGAAGUGAAGUUCAUGAGAGAGAAGCUCUUCGACAGCAAAAACAAAGACAAGAAGUCUUCCUCGUCUUUACGUCAGAGUCAGUCGCCCUCGACAUCCAAUCCGACGAAAUACACGCGUCUCGACAACAGCUUCGACUUGAGUCCCAACAGAGCUAACGGUUCCGAUUCUGUGGGCAUUACCGUCGAUGACGGCAAUCACCUUCAAUACCAUCAGCAGAUGAUAUUACAGACUCAGGACGACUCGCUUGACAAACUCAGGAAUAGUGUGGGAAAUCUGAAGUCGAUUAGUCGACAGAUCGGCACAGAAGUGGACGAACACGCGGUAAUGCUGGAUGAGAUGGGCCAUGAAAUCGAGAUAACAGACUCCAGAUUAGACACAACCCUCAAAAAAGUAGCCCGAGUUCUGCACCUCUCGAACGACCGGCGCCAAUGGGUGGCAAUAGGUUUAUUAAUUUUCGUUAUUCUCAUUAUCUUCUUAGUGGUUAUCACUUAAGUGGAAGUCAUUGUUGUUUGUAUUGUAUAUCGAUUUAAUCGCAUUUAAACAACGAUUCUUAUGUCCAUAUAUUGAUAUUUUACGACCAAUUUCUUAUAUACUGUAAAUUUCUUAUUUACUUUUAUUUAAUGAGUCGUUAAAAACGAUUGAUUUACACCUUAAGAGAUAACAAAAACAAAACUACUUUUAGAUUAUUUACACACAGGUUAAGGAUAUUUCCAUUACUUUACCUCCAAAUGUAUUUUUAUAUGAAACUACGGUACUGUACCGGUACUUCCAUAUUUAUCAGAGUCAUUCCAAUCAACGGCUUAUUAGACUACAGUAUAAUUUAGUUUUUAACAUAAACUAUUUUUAAAAUCCUUUUUAUUUUUGAACUGUCGUAUAAAUUGUACAAAUGUUAACAUUUAACAAGAAUAAUAAUAGACCAGAG